AGACAAACCUUUCCAACGGCUGGAAAAUUACUAUGAAUUCAGACGGCCCUCUUAUACGCUAUCUUCCUCUUCCUUAUCUGCCAUUGAAGGAGGACUCCUUAGGAAGACCCGCUGAUUUAAGAUCAGCCAACCCUCAUUAAGCCAUCAAGGACCUGUUCUCCUGAAGAGCAAAGAAGCGGCUCUCCCUACGGACCAUAUAAUUAGUUAAAGGAGCAUCGAAUCAUAAAGGGCUUUGAGUCUGGCUCAGCAUGCUGCCGACAGGAGAGAGCAAGCCAUCUGGAACUUUUUACAAAAUCCUUCGACCGCUCCUGUUCUGUGUUUUUAUUUUUGGAUGUUUUGCGACUGCCUUUUUGAUGUAUUUUAAGCCAUCCGCCAACUGGUUAUAUGCUCAGUUAGACUUGCCCGUUUCCACAACGCAUAUAAAGCAUAUCGUCACAAAGAGUGACAAAAACAUGACCACUGUACUUGUCUGGCUGAAGCCCUUCGGACAAAACUAUGAAAUGAACAUCUGCAGCUCCACCUUUAACAUCGAGGGCUGCUUCAUCACAGCGGACAGAAACUUCUACAACAAAUCAGACGGGGUUGUGAUGCACCACAGAGACAUUGCUCGGGACCUGUCCAACUUGCCGAAACUGCAGCGACCCCCAUUCCAGAAAUGGAUCUGGAUGAACUUGGAGUCACCAUCAAAUUCAGCCCAGCUGCCCGGGAUUAAUAACUUGUUCAAUCUGACUCUCAAUUACCGUGAGGAUUCUAACAUCCAUGUGCCUUAUGGGUCGAUUGUACCAGCAGAGACUGUGGAGGACUUUGUACCACCAAGCAAAAACAAAUUGGUCUGCUGGGUUGUCAGCAACUGGAAUCCUGGGCAUGUGCGGUCAAAAUAUUACAAUGAAUUAAAAAACCACAUUAACGUUGAUAUAUAUGGGCGCGCAUUUGGGAAGUAUAUCUCUGACAAAGAUUACAUUCCCACUAUGGAAAGCUGUAAGUUCUAUUUGUCCUUUGAGAACUCAGUCCACAAGGACUACAUCACUGAAAAAUUCUUCAUCCCCCUCUCUGUGGGUACAGUGCCAGUGGUUCUUGGCACAACCAGGCAAAACUAUGAGAACAUUCUUCAAGGAGACGCCUUCAUCCAUGUGGAUGAUUUCAAAUCCCCCAAAGAGCUGGCUGACUACCUGCGUCUCCUGGACAAGAAUGAAGACCUGUACCGAGGGUACUUUAAAUGGAGACGCCACUUUAAAGUAACCAGAGCGCAUUUCUGGGCAGAGCACACAUGCAAGGCUUGUGAUCAUCUGAGAAGGCACAAAGAAUACAGGGCAUUUAAUAACCUUAACAAGUGGUACUGGGGUUGAUGGUGCUGAGAUGGACUAUAUAACACUCAUCACCGCUUCAUGAAGCGGCACACAGAAAAGGCAGUAACUCACCGAGACAAACAUUAGGAUGUAGGAUUUAGAUGUAAUAUUUAAUUGAAGCAUUGUAGAAAGACCAUCUCAUUUGUGAUAGUGAAGAAGUUACCUAUGCAGAGCAUUGAAGUUAAAUGUGAAGGUAGUAGUGCACUGAUAUUCAUAAUUUUGGAAAUCUGUUGCUGUCUUUAAAAAUAUUUUUGUAAGUUUACAUUUACAUUGCAAAUCUAAAAAGACACUUCUCUUUACAUUUUUUAAAGAAAUAUUGAUGAUCAUUGUAAUAAAGAGGCCAUAUAAGAGCUUGGCCUCUGGGGUUUAGUUGCCCCCUAAAAAAAGAUGUGAGUUGAAUUUUCAAAGUUCCUAGACAGUCUAAACAACUGGAAUUAGAUUCCAGUAUCCAAACAUUGAUAGGUAUAAAUUAAGAAAAUAAGAUUACCUGGAGUAUCCUUCCUUUCUUUUUCCAUCUUUCCUUUAACUUUUUAACCAUUUUUCAUUUAAUCCUUUCUUCCUUGUAGAUCAAGCCUUGUCCUUCCUUCCUCCUGCUUUACUGUCUUCUGUAAUUUUUCUGUUGUGCCCUUCCUCCUUUGAUUGUAUUCUUCCUUUCAUUGAUUUCUUGUGGUCUUUCCUAUUCUUUUGUCUCCCACCUUUUCUUUUCUUCUUUUCUUCCUUCCCUUUUUCCUUCCUUCCUUCCUUUGAACAUUAAUCAAACCACUGCACUCAGGAAAAUAGAAACAAACAAACAAACAUGAAAAAACAACUCCCUAGAAAACCCACAAAAUAAUUUUAACAAAAAUAUUACCUAUCAAUUCAUCAUGAACUCGGUAAUGUAUGAGCACAUGAGCAUAUUUUCCGAAACAAAUGUGACAAACUACGAGACAGCUGUGCAGAGGUCAGCAUACAAUGCACAUGAUUGGCCAUGUUAAUCACAAAAAUGAUGAUGUCAUGACAUAAUGAAAGCAGCAGUUGUCUUUGUUUUAUCUAUUUAAAAAACGUAUGUUCGGUCAGUUUAUCUCUACUUAAGGCCAUCGCUGUUCGGUUCUAUGUCGGACGUCUUCAACUCCUUGAGGUCCAGCGUCCUGCGACUUUUAUGUGUUACCUAGCAACAGAGCCGGAUGCAUUCAAACAAACCUGGAUAUAUUAACACUCACCUACAAGUUAUUUCACUUGCUGUUUCUUUUGAAAAAACUGAAACUACAAAUAUAGUACACAUAUGAAUGCAGUUUUAUUUCUUAUUAUCAGGUCCAUUACAAUUGUACGUAUUUAUUAAUUUAUUUUUACUUUUAUGUUAGAGGCUCAGGCUUAUUAUGCUUUGAGAGAGACCCUGCCUCUUGUAAUGAGAUGCACUGAAGAUUAUGAUGCACUCACUCUUAACUAAUGCCAGGUGCAUUAGUAGUUCACGAACCACUUAAAAUGGAAAAGGUGAAAGAGGAUAAAAUAAAGUCAUAACUGAGUAAUUAUAUAAUUAUGUAUCUGUGCUAUGGGUUCUCAAAAUAUUACCUCAAAUUUGUAUUCAGAGAUAAAGGUAAAUACCAACUUUUGAGCAAAAACAAAGAUGCAUGCAAUUUAUUUCCAAUUAUAUAUCUUUUUUUGGAUUAAAAAGUAAUUCUAUGAUUAUCCAUCUUACCUUUUGUAAUUCAGCAGUCAGCGGUUAGAAGCAGAAGCUUUGGAUUUUUUUCUUUUCUCUGUUGUUUGCAGCAGUAUAAAACAAUCUAGAUCACACUAUCACGGUAUGAAAAUUGCAUCACUUUUAAAUCUCCUGAGAGAAGUUGGAAAUUGGAUGUAAUCACCACUCAGCAUUCUCAUAUGAACAUUGUGUUUUUCAUUUAAGUUAUUUUUUUGUACUAAACAUUGAGCAACACCAUGUAAACAUUUUAUGCAAGAUCAACUGCCGCUUUUUAUAGGGUAAAUGCCAAAAGAUAUAUUUUUCUCUGAACUGAUACUUUGCUGUCACUGGAGCCAGCAUGGAAAGUUUGAGGGUGCUCUUAUUUCUAAAAAAAUAAAUAAAUAAAUAAAUAAAUGAAUCUGGUCACAAAAAUGCAUGUGGAAACAGGUGCAUAAAUGUAAUAAAUUGAGGCUUCAACUUAAUACAAUUAGGCUAUCAAUAAGAUUAUCAGGCUUAUGAAGCUUCAACUGCAUUAUUGAAAGAAAUGCAUAGUUUUGUUUAUUUGUUUAUGUUCAGGCUAUCAAUAACAUUAUCAUGCUUAUGAAGCUUUAACUACAUUAUUGAAAGAAAUGCAUAGUUUUGUAUAUAUGUUUAUAUUCUUAAUGGUAAAAUGUUGGUGUGAAGGUGAAAGAAAUUCUACUGUAACUUGGUGGGUGAUAUUUUGAAGACUUAAGAGACUUUAAAAUGAAAGUAAUUAAUGAGAAAAAUCUGUAAGAGGAAUAAAAUGAUCAUGUGAUAUUUUUACAUUCAAAUGUUUUGUAUGAAGUCGUAAUCCUGCUAGCAUUGCCUUACUGAUAAAGGACAUAGCACUUUUAAUAAUG